UUCUUUAUUUUCUUCGGGAACACCUUCCUGUCCAUGAACUGGGCCAUCGUUGCUGACAUCCUGCUGUACGUGGUGGUCCCGACCCGGCGCUCCACGGCCGAGGCUCUGCAGAUCGUGGUGUCUCACCUGCUGGGGGACGCAGGAAGUCCACUGCUGAUCGGAAAGGUCUCAGACUCAAUGAGGAGGACGGACUCGUUCCUGUGGCAGUUCCGCUCCCUGCAGCUCUCACUGAUGCUCUGCUCCUUCGUGGCCGUGGUGGGCGGAGCCUUCUUCCUCGCCACAGCCAUCUUCAUCGAAAAAGACCGCAGUCGAGCCGAGAGCUACGUCCCCUCAGCUGAUGAGCCCAUUGUUGUGCCCAAAAGUGGACGGUCCACCCAGGUCUCUGUGUCCAGUGUUCUGAUCUGACCCGUCCUCCUGAGGUCCGACUGGACCGGCAGCCCGCUUUAAUCUGGACCCACUUUAAUCUGGACCCGCUUCAGGCUGGACCCACUUUAAUCUGGACCCACUUUAAUCUGGACCCGCUUCAGGCUGGACCCACUUUAAUCUGGACCCACUGUAGAAACUAUUUUUCUGUUUUAAAGGCUUCAUGACCAGAAAACCUGCAGAUCUGUUUUUAUCAGCUGAUGUGGACUCUGUGGUCCAGAUGGACCAGCUGAUGUGGACUCUGUGGUCCAGAUGGACCAGCUGAUGUGGACUCUGUGGUCCAGAUGGACCAGCUGAUGUGGACUCUGUGGUCAGAGGAAAUAAAGUGUUUUAUAACUUUAUUAAUCACUUAUUAAACUCAUGUUUGAAACAGUUUUAA